AUGUUGCAGAUUCUAGGCAAGAACCGGUGGAGACAAUCAUGUCGGUACAAGAAGCUAACUGAUCAACACGAGAAACUGACAACAACAACAACAAGGUCGACUAAAAGACAGAACUUGGGGAAGAAGAACGAGAUUCGAGCAAAAGGGUUUAGAAUAAACCGAUCAAGGAAGUUGGUUCUUAAGGCAUUAGCUUUACCAAGAAGGAUCUUUAACAUUUAUAUGCGCAUCACAAAUCAGAUGAACAAAGAAGGUUUAUAUCCCAAUCUUGUUUUCUCUUCUCAUUGGGGUUUUCCUGGUUUGCUAAAUUCAAGAGGUGGGUUCCGUUAG